AUGGCUACGGCUAUUUCGCCAUUUGUGUCUACGAAAGAGACUACCAACUAUGCAAGACUAUGCCGCCUCCUGGUGGAUGUUGGAUCUCAGGUGCUUCGGUCCACUUUUGACAAAAUACAUCCACCAGCGACUCUACAUACAGUUUUGGGAAGUACCUCAGUGCAUUACGCCACAUUGCAAUCACUGUACAAAGGGAGGAAGAAAGUGCUGAAUCCCACGCAAUGGGGGAAGUUGUACCCUUCUCACGCACCCGUGUCUUCUGCAGCCUUCGAUAUCACACUUCUAACGGUGCUUCUUAGAAAUAUCUGUGGUUUGGGCCCUCCUGCCAAUGGAUGGGAUCGUCUUCCCCCAGUUAUAAACAUAAGCAUCGCAGAUGACAUCGCCAGAGUGAAGUAUUACAGGAACACUGUAUACGGCCAUGCUUCUCAAGCCUCUGUGGAUGACAGUAGUUUCAGUGCUUACUGGCAGGAAGUAAGAGAAGCUUUGGUGAGACUGGGAGGAGCUCGUUUUAGAGCUGUAAUCGACAAUCUUGAGCACGACUGCAUGGAUCCAGAUGUCGAGGAGCAUUAUCGUGAACUGAUGAAACAAUGGAAGAAAGACGACGACAGCAUCAAAGACAAGCUUGAAGAAAUUGAAGAUUCGCUGGAAAACAUGAGAAGCAUUAUGGAGAGAAACUUCAGAGACACAACUGACAAGAUAGAGAUUGAUAUGAAAGAGGUGAAAGAAAAGCUUACCAGUCUGACGGCCUCAGCUGAAAAAAGCACACGAGAAGACUCGCUGGAUAACACGAGAGACACAAUUGACAAGAUAGAGAUCGAAGUGAAAGAGGUGAAAGAGAAGCUGAGUAGUCUGACGGCCUCAGCUGAAAAAAGCGCACAAGAUUCGCGAGAAAAGAUGAGACACGACCUCAGAGACACAACUGAGAAGAUAGAGAUUAAAAUGAAGGAGAUUUUAGUGACGCUUAGUAGCCUGACGACCACAGUGGAAAAAAGCACAGAUGAAGGGUCUCUUGAGAAAACGAGAAGCGAAAUGGCAAAGAUGGACAGGGAACUUAAAGAAGUUAAGGAAAAGCUGUGUACUUUGGGAGAAAGCAAGAAUGAAGGUAUUUUUGAUCCAACUGAGCUUAUCAAUGGAAUUCGCAAGCUCUACAAGACUCGCGAGGGGUGGCUCUCACCAUUUCCAUGGUGCGAAGAGUUUCAGUUUUUUCUUGGCAAUAUUUUUACAAGGCUCAAAGUGGUCAGAAGAAAGAAAACGAGAGGAGUAAUCACUGACGUAUUUGUUGACAUGUCAUCAAUAUUAGACCCGUAUGAAGAGUGUUCAGCGCCGAGAACAGUGUUGAUUGAAGGAGAACAUGGUAUGGGAAAAACCACCUAUUGUAAAAAGUACGCUUACGACUGGGCCACAAAACAGAGAGAGCCUCAGGGCUGCGGCUCAACAGCAUUUAAAGUGGUAUUGUUGCUGAAAUGUCGAGAUAUCCAUUCUGACGUUUGGGAAGCCAUUGAUGAUCAGCUGCUGCCCCGAGACAUCGAUGAAGAAGUCAAACAACAAUUCUUUCAGUUUAUUCGUGAAAAUCAGUCCAGCAUUUUAUUGAUAUUGGAUGGAUUGGAUGAGUUACCAUCCGGUAAAUUGUCGAUGUUUUCGGAAUUAAUUGAAGGAAGAGUACUCCCCAGAUGCCACAUAGUUGCAACAGCAAGACACGAAGGUGGAAAAGAGGUGAGAAAAUGCUGUGACGCGCUGCUUCAGAUCGAAGGAUUCACUGAAAAGCAUGUGAAAGAAUUUGUCACCAAGUACUUUAAAGAAAGGACGGAUUUAGCCACCAAGCUCUCGCAACGGAUGUUGCGAGAUAAAAACCUGAGAGAAAUAGCGGCCAAUCCUCUAAACACAGCACUUCUUUGUCUUUUAUGCGAAGAGUUUGAGGGCACACUCCCCGAAAGCAGAGCUCAACUAUACUUGGAUAUGGUUGAAUGUGUUUUGGGAAGAUAUAGAAAAAAAAAGGGACUACUAGGAACGAUUGAAGACUUGACAAACUAUUACAAACCGCAAUUGAAUCACCUUGGAAAGGUAGCGUUGAAUGGUUUACUUGACGAUAAGUUGGAUUUUAAUGAAAGUGAAGUGAGAAACCAUGCAAAAGACCUGACUGAAUUUGGAUUUCUGUCAGUGCAGCCUGGUGGCAGCAAACUGAGACAAACACUGCAUUAUGCCUUCUUACAUAAAAGUUUUCAAGAAUUCUUUGCAGCAUUCUUCAUUUGUUCUCAGAUUCAAAGCAAGGAAAUGAAACUUGAAGAACUAGUUUCCGAUCCAAGGUAUUUCGUUGAACUUAAACAAAUACUUUUGUUUUCGUGUGGAAUUUUGGCCAUAAAAUGCGAUGAACAGGUUGUGGCUUUUGUAAAGAGUUUAACAAAUGGAGUCAACAAAAAUGAAGGCGGUGGUGCAAAUAUUGUAUUGGAGGCCAUCAACGAAUGCAAAAGAGAAAAAAGUGAUUUCCACUCGCAUUUAUCGAAUUCGUUUGGAACUGGUUUGAAUCUGACCAAUUUGAAUUUGCGAAACAAUGGUAUUAGUGAUGCGGGUGCUACAUGUAUUGCUAAGGCAAUCAAAGUGAACAAGACGCUAACCAAUUUGGAUUUGUCAAGGAAUGGUAUUAGUGGUGCGGGUGCUACAUGUAUUGCUGAGGCAAUCAAAGUGAACAAGACGCUUACCAAUUUGGAUUUGUCAAGGAAUGGUAUUAGUGGUGCGGGUGCUACAUGUAUUGCUGAGGCAAUCAAAGUGAACAAGACGCUAACCAAUUUGGAUUUGUCAUACAAUGGUAUUAGUGCUGCGGGUGCUACAUGUAUUGCUGAGGCAAUGAAAGUGAACAAGACGCUAACCAAUUUGGAUUUCUCUGGGAAUGGUAUUAGUGAUGCGGGUGCUACAUGUAUUGCUGAGGCAAUCAAAGUGAACAAGACGCUAACCAAUUUGUAUUUUUCUGGGAAUCGUAUUAGUGAUGCAGGUGCUACAUGUAUUGCUGAGGCAAUCAAAGUGAACAAGACGCUAACCAAUUUGGAUUUGUCUGUAAAUGAUAUAAGUGCUGCGGGUGCUACAUGUAUUGCUGAGGGAAUCAAAGUGAACAAGACGCUAACCAAUUUGGAAUUGUCAUACAAUGGUAUUAGUGCUGCGGGUACUACAUGUAUUGCUGAGGCAAUCAAAGUGAACAAGACGCUAACCAAUUUGGAUUUGUCUGUAAAUGAUAUAAGUGCUGCGGGUGCUACAUGUAUUGCUGAGGGAAUCAAAGUGAACAAGACGCUAACCAAUUUGGAAUUGUCACACAAUGGUAUUAGUGCUGCGGGUGCUACAUGUAUUGCUGAGGCAAUGAAAGUGAACAAGACGCUAACCAAUUUGGAAUUGUCAUACAAUGGUAUUAGUGCUGCGGGUGCUACAUGUAUUGCUGAGGCAAUGAAAGUGAACAAGACGCUAACCAAUUUGGAUUUGUGUGGGAAUGGUAUUAGUGAUGCGGGUGCUACAUGUAUUGCUGAGGCAAUCAAAGUGAACAAGACGCUAACCAAUUUGGAUUUGUCUGAUAAUGGUAUUAGUGAUGCGGGUGCUACAUCUAUUGUUGAGGCAAUCAAAGUCAACAAGACGCUGACCAAGAAUGUAACAACAUGUACUUCACUCCCGUCAUAUAUGUUCACCACUGGUCGACAAACAGAACAAGAAGAACUACCUAAAACUAUGAGACUUCAGGAAAGAAAAGUUCCUCCAGAGAUUCGUGCUCGUGGUCCUCAAGCUUUAGAAGCCUACAACAAUGCACUGGCCGAAGGUCAAGCUUGUGUCAAGAGAGUGCCUCUAAUGAUAGUUGGACAAGAUCGGUCUGGUAAAACCAGCGUGAAGAAGUCCUUGAAAGGGAUUUGCUUCAACCCUGAUGAAGAUAGCACCCGGGGAAUUGAGGUCGAUCGCUAUGAUUUUAAAGUAACCACCGAAAUAUGGAAGACAGGAGAAAAAGACGAGGAGGCCAACAUUGGUAGCACUGUUACUUCAUUUGAGCAUAAUGCAGCACGGUGGAUUGCAGACAAAUUGACGACACUUGAAAAAAUUGCUAAAGAAAAACGAGUAAGUUCAGCCGAGACAACUGGCUAUGAUUUUGAAGAAAUUGGCAACACAAAGGAAAGGGAACCCUAUGAGACUUUAAGUGACCCGACCCUUUUAGAAUCAUCCGUAAAUCCAGCAUCAACCAAUACCACCGAGGAUGAACCUAAUUUAUCAACGAGAGAAGUACGAAACCCUACAGAAUUAGAACCAGAAGAAGAUUUGCUUACCACCACGCUGGAAAAAUUGCCCGAUUUCGACGAUGUUGCAAAGCUGCUUUCCCAGUUUCUUCAAGAGAAUUGGGACGAUGAUAAGGAAGACAUCUAUUCCAUACUGUGGGACUUUGCUGGACAGUCAGUGUAUUACGUGACACACCUCCUCUUUCUCACAAGAAGAGCAAUCUACUUUUUGGUCUAUGACUUAAGUAGAAAUCCAAACGACAAAGCCACAUCAUUGGUGAAACAAGGAGUAUACAAAGAGUUCAUUGCAGAUAAAUACAAUCUGAAAACGAAUUUCGACUACUUAGACUUUUGGAUGAGUUCUUUGGCUUCCUUAGUAAGUGACUGCCAACAAGUGGACCCUGAAAAGUCGGUGCCAUUGAAGAAAUUUCCUGCAGUUUACCUGGUGUGCACACAUGCUGAUCAGCCCUAUUGCGAUCGUGAUCCAUUUAAACUAGCCGAUGAAAUAUUUGGCGACUUAAAGAGCAAGCCAUAUGGUGCCCACUUGCGAGACGUGUUUUGUGUUGAUAACACGAAGUCAGGCACUGAAUCCGAAUGUAAAGAAACCGUACGCUUACGAGAGGAGGUACAUGUCGUUUCGAAAGAGUUACCACACGUAACUGAGGCUAUUCCAAUCAAGUGGUUAAGAUACGAAAAUGUUCUUCGCGUCCUUAAGGAAAAGGAUCACAAGUUUAUCCCUCUCUCGACAGCGAAAAAAAUAGCUUCCAAAUUUUGUAACAUUAACGACAACGAGGUACAGACAGUGCUCACCUUUCUGCACGAUCUGCGAUUUUUGAUUCACUUUGACGACCCUGGAGAAUUAAGUGAUUUCGUUUACUUGGAUAUUCAGUGGUUGAUUGACGUAUUCAAGAAUGUGAUAACUGUCAGGGCCUAUCACGAAGAGAAAGACUUUGCUCCUCUGUGGGAAACACUCGAGAAAGAAGGAAUCGUGGAAGAAAAACUUCUCAAACAUGUUUGGAACUCUUUGGUUCCUCUAGACGAAACCCACAAAAGUCUUAUUGCGAUCAUGGAAAAAUUCAGCUUGAUGUGUCUAUGGCCAUCAUCAGAUGACUUGUGCAACAAACGUUAUUUGGUGCCAUCUAUGUUGCGAACGCUUCCACCAAAGCAGAUUAGUGAUCUAGUAGACUCCGCCAAACUCCCCUCUCUGUUUCUCAAAUUUGUUACAGGUCGGGUCCCGGCUGGCUUAUUUCCCCGAUUUAUGCUGGAAUUUUUUCAGUGGUGUAAAGAGGAAUUUCCCGACGUAGAUCUGCCCCAAACCUAUACCAAUUUUGCCAGAUUUUACAUCUUUCCGAAUCAAGGCCUCUCCCUUGUUCUCCUUUGCCACUCUUCCACAAUUGAAGUCGUUGUCCUCGGUGUAAAGAGUGCUAUUGAUGUGGUCGAUGUGGACUCAAUUCGAGCUUUUCGCAGUCAGCUAACCUCUAUCAUUGAUCGGGUAUGGAAAAAAUUCUUCUGGGUGAAGAAAGUUGGAUACAAAGUGAGUUACCUUUGUCCUGUUUGUUCCUAUGGACGUGUGGCCAGGUUGUGCAAACAACAUAACGAAGAAAGUUGUGAGCAAGAGGAAUGCCUUCACUUCAUUUCAGAGUCAGAUUUAGGCGAUGAAAAACAGGCCGUGUGUACCAAUUCUGUAACCGCUUUGGAUAACAGGAUUCAUGCCGAACAGUUUGCUCCUUGGAUUUUCCCUGGUAAGGAAAAGCAGAUGGCGACUCAUCAACAUGGAGAGGGGCCCCAACUUGGGAAAGGUAACUCAGAUGGAUAUCAGAGGAAAUCACCUGUGUUGCUAAGCGAAGCUGUAGCAACACUUCAGCUACAACGACCAAGUGUAGGCGGUGAAAGUGACAUGUUGCUAGCUCCAUUUGCACAAGGGAACCCAGGAUAUUAUCAAGUCCAGCCUCUCGUAGCUGAACAGUUUGAAGGAGAAUUUAAGCAACUUAAGGAUGCUGUUAAUGAGAGCAAAGGGACACUUGUUCCUGUUUCAAAGGGGUAUGGUGAAAAGUCUCUAGCGCUACCUGACGAUGUUUCCCAGUCUCUCAAGUCCGAAUCAGUCCUUGCAAAAGAUGUUGUCUGUAAACUGCUGAAUCUUUCAUCACUGAAAGAUCCAGCUCCUGACGAUAGAAAAUGGAUCCGUUGUCUUAUGAGGGAUGCUAAGUAUUAUGAUAGAACUGAUGUGGUUAAUUUCUUGAGAGAAAAUGCGCCAGCGGGCACAACAGGCCCUCGGCUCGAAGAAAGCCGCAGUGUUAUGAAAAUUCCAUGGAGACGGAGGACUGACUUAGCUGUUCGUUUGUGUGGAGGCGAAGAGUGGAAGAUCGUUGCUGACCAACUGGGAUUUGAAGAUGCAUACAUUCGUUGUUUUGACAAUCGUUUUAAAAACCCUGUUGAGCUUAUUCUAAGCUGCAGUGGCUUACGUGUGGGGAAACUCUACGACGUGCUAGUGGAAUGUGAGUUCCCCUUACUCGCGGAUUUGUUGUAG